UCGUCGUGAUAUAAACAAACUGUUUUUCAAAAAGUUUCGGGUCCAAAUUUAAACGGAUUAAUAUUACCUAUAACAGGAUGUCCGAUUCGAAAUCACAAACGUAUAAAAAAGGUCCAUCGGCCAAUCAAUCUAUUAAGUCUGAACCGGAAAUGCUAACAAGCAUCCAAUAUCAAAUUCUGCUGAAAUAUAUACGCUUCAAUCCGGAGUUUUUACUAGACCCAAAUACCUACCCUCGUACGCUUAAGCUCAUAGCAAAUGAUCUGACUAGUUUGAGCGAAUCAAAGACUGAACCCGCAAACCCGGAACAAGUUUUGGAAACUUUCAACAGAUGGAAGUCACAGGUCAGUGGGAGAGAGACAGCUUCGCUAGGGAAUCCAGCUGAUCGGGAGUUGAGUAGACUGCUGGCGGCCGUUCAGGGUAGCCUGAGCCACAGCCAGUUAACGCUAAUCCUGCAACAUCUGGAGGUGGUCGGUUUCGAGGGCGAAGGCCUUUGGCCAACGAUAGCCGUGGAAAUGAGGGCGGCCAAGGCACUUCCGAACCGACCGGAAAUCUACUGGCGCUGGGCAUUCGAGCGGUGGUGCCGGGAGGCUCGGAGGCAGUACAGGGAAGAUCAAGACGAGCUAAGUCCACUACAGCAGCGAUACAUCGAUUACCUACGGGAUCGAGGUGAGCAUUCCGAUAUCGAUACGGGUCCGGACGCUUCGGCUCGUAAAACGACAGGAAUCGAUGCACUAGAUUUGGUGAUCAAUCACUGUCGAACCUGUUUUCAGACCAUGAAAAUUGGAAGUCCGAAGGCGUACCUAUUCGAAAGGUUGUCCACCGGAACGACCCUGGCAGACAAGAUAAACACGUGCUUCGGUACCGGCAUCGAUGUGCAGGAACGGUUACCCAAGUAUGUGUGCGGAGAUUGUGUUGAAAAGGUCGAGCUUUCCUACGGACUGAAGCUGCAGAUUGAUCGAAUAGAAGACGAGUUGAGGCAUCUGAUAGCCGAGUAUAAUGAUAAAGAGAAUGUUGAGGAAAGUAAAUCUAGGAUAGUUGAAGCGGAACCCGCAAUGGAGGUUGAAAUUGAGCAGGAAAUAGUUUCGGCCACUGAGGAAGAAAUCGGAAUAGCCAAUGAACAAGAAAUAGAAUCAGAUAUUCAUAUUCCUGUAGAAGAGACUGAAGUGCAUCAAGAUGAUCAACAACAAAUGGACGAACUUGGUGAAGAGAUCCAUCCCAAGGAGGAGGCAAUGGAAGAUGUCGAAUAUGUAGAUGAACUUGAAGAAGCGUAUGAAGAGCUCGAGACCGAAUCUUUACAUGAGGAAUAUAUUAUAGACGAUGUAGUAGAACCGGAAGACGUUUCUAAGCCCACUUAUAAUGUACAACGGUUAUCGCCGGUCCCAGAAGCCCCCACAAACCAGCAGGCACCAGUUACAGAUUUCGUAAAAUGUACUCAGUGUAAUCUGGUGCUCAGAACACAGGAACUGUGGCAGAAACAUAUAGCUUGUCACGAAUCUGAAAGGAACUACGAGUGCAACACCUGUGGCAAACGAUUCCGAUCAGCGGCCACACUUAAGGUUCAUAUUCGAACGCACACAGACGAGCGGCCUUACGUUUGUGAGGUUUGCGCUAGAGCUUUCCGGACCUACAGCCAUCUGAAGAUACAUCGGGUCUCGCAUCGGAAAGACGAUCGGCCGCUCCAGUGUGAUCAGUGUUCCUACAGCACGGCCGUACGCUCAUCACUGGUCAUUCACAUGAGAUCACAUGCCGCUGCAAGACCGUACACAUGUACAGUCUGUAACACCGGGUUUACAACGUCUAGCAAUUUACAUAAACAUAUUAGAAAUUUGCAUCAAAACCUGAAACCCUUUUCGUGUGAGUUGUGUGAAAAGUGCUUUACCACCAAGGAGGCGGUCCAGAAGCAUCUGGUAACGCACAGCCGUACGAAACCGUAUCCCUGUCCGAACUGUUCGCUCACCUACAGCUGGUAUAAUGGGCUGCAGAAGCACAUGAAAUCGAUCCACCCGGGAGCACCAAUACCGAAGGAGAAGGCCAUGAUGAAUCGGUUUGGCGGUGCUGGUCCGCAAUCCGCAAUGUCGGAUGAUGGUGAUGGGAAGCAGGAGAAAUAA